UUCGCUUAACGUCCGAGGUACCAGUCAUCAUGCCAAACUACAAGCUACAUUAUUUCAAUGCGCGUGGUCGUGCCGAGACCAGUCGUUUUAUACUAGCCUUGGCUGGGGUCAAGUACGAAGAUAAACGUUAUACGGGCGAGGAAUGGGGAAAAAUCAAAGCCAGUGGCAAAUUUCCUUUUGGCGAAAUGCCUGUAUUGGAGGUGGACGACACAGUAUUGAGCCAGUCAAAUGCAAUUGCUCGUUACCUUGCCAGCGUUCAUGGCUAUAAUGGAAAAAACGAUUUGGAGACGGCGAAAAUUGGUAUGAUAGUUGAAACAUUCGUGGAUAUUUUGAACUCUUUUAUGAAGGCCUGGUUCAACAAAGACGAAAAAACAAAGGCUGAGCUGCUAGAGGAGUUCAAGACUAAGACCCUUACGCAGAAAUUAGCAGCACUAGAGAAGCUUUUAGUCGCAAAUAAUGGAGGAAACGGUUAUUUUGUUGGCGAUAAGGUAUCGCUGGCCGACAUCACUUUUGUAACUUUUUAUGAGAUGUUUUCGAAGUCGGUAGAAGGCGCUCUAGAUAAGUACCCGAAGCUGAAGAGCUUACAAAGUCGAGUUCUCGCUUUGCCCAAGAUUGCUGAGUGGGUCAAAAAGAGGCCAGAAAGCCAGUUUUAA